CGGACCUCCGACACAUCAGAGGUGGGAUCAGGUGCCAUAAUGGUAUCUAAAUAUGCAAGUAUCUAAUAAUACAUAUUUUGUCUUAUUUAGUCAUUGUAUUCAUUUUUUUUUUUUGUUUAAAUCUUAACACUAGUGCUAAGCCAAUUACAGUCUUUGAGAACCCCAUUGGAAAUAAGCCUUUAAGGAUCUCAUGGGUCAUCGUCAGAUGAUGAAGUAUUUGUUUACGGCAUGGAUCAUGUCAAUUACAUUUGGUCCAUACAUAUUAUGUUCAUUACAAGACAGGGAUCCAAAAUGUAGAUACACUGUCCAUCUACCAGAAGCGUCAUGGCACACCGCAUAUAGUGUUUGUGCUUCAAGAAACAGGACACUAGCACAAAUUACAUCACUGAGUGAGAUGUACUUUUUAGACCUAGUACUGGAAGAGGUUGAUAAUUUGCUUGAAAAACAUUCCAGCUUGAGAAUCUCGGCAGAAGUGUGGAUUGGAGCUUUUUUGAGGUCUUCUAACAAUGAAAGUAUGUUAGAAAAUUGUAAUCACCUUGAUUCCCAAGUUCCGGUUGAGAUAACAGGAGUAGGUCUGGGUGAUAUGUUUUGUCUUUACUACAGUCGACUCAAUGGAACCCUUGUUACCGGAAACUGUUCUACAGCAAAAAUGUUUAUAUGCGUAAACAACGAUGAAGAUCCCGGAGAAUGUAUGAUAAACUCAACAACAUCGGCAAUUAAAAAUCAAAUUCCAUUUAAAUUGUGCUUUAAACAAUCUUAUUAUCCCAAGAAAACCUCAAGAGAGUGUGAAUCAUUUUGUAUGGAGGAAAAGAGUUGUUAUACAUUCAUAAACAUUCAUAAUUGUACAUUGUACGAGUAUACCAAAGAACAACACUGUUCCAUUGGACGACAUCCUCCGUCAAAACUUAGACACAAAAGUUUCUUCCUGUACAGCAGUUCUAGCUAUCCAACAUCAAAGACAAAUCCGCUCUCUAGCUGGUGUCCAGCAAAACCUACCUUUACUGUGUGGAAUGGCCAUAAAAUAAAUGAAGAGGUGACCGAGAAGGAUAUUCAAGAGAAAAUCAACAACAUUCAGAAGAAUCUGACGAUCAAUCGAAAAGAAACAAGACAAUAUAUCCGCACCUUGACAAGUGCCCCGGAUGAGAGACGCUCUUCAAGGAAUAUCGGGAUCGUAGGUUCGAGUCAACUUCCAGGAUGUGGAGACCGGCCCUUCGAAGGUUACCGUAUCAACCGUACAAAUAGUCAAGUUCAAAUGUCCAUUGGAAUAAAGAGAGCAAACACGAACAACAGAGGUGGGAUCAGAUGCCAUGAUGGAGUAAAGAAUCCCCUGUCAACCGGUCACGAUCGGACUGACAAGUCAGUGCGGAAAAUUUGUAUUGAAAACGUUUAUCAUUAGUCGACUUAAUGAUUGAUUGUAUUUGCUGGUCAAGUAGAUCAUUGUCAUCUAAAGAACUUACGAAACAUUGACUUUUAA